GCAGCCAUAGAAUUUGAAUGAGUUGACAGAUUCGUAUAUAAAAACCCCGAUUACUAUUUGCAGUAUCAGACUCAUUCAGCUUCUUCUACCCGUAGUAGGUUGCCAAUAUUAUUCUCUACAAGCCAAAAUGAUGAAGAAAACCAUCAUCUGCUUUUUAAUUGUUGUGGCGAUGGUCACAGCAGCACCUAGCCAGGUGAAAGAUCAUGAAGACCAUUCUGCAGAAAAACAUGAAGACAAGCCAGCCCAUCAUGAAGAACCAGCCCAUACUACAGAACAUCAUGCUGCCAGACGAUCAGCCGAUAAGGAUGAAGAUCAUUCUGCUGAGAAACACACCGCAUCCAACGAUAAGGACGACCAUCAUGAACAAUCGGCUGAUGCCAAAGUACACCACGCCAACAAACGAUCCACCGAAAAGCAUGAUGAGCAUUCCGCCGAAAAAUCCGCCGAUGAUUCUACUGAAAAGCAAGGCGAAUCUUCCGAAGCAAAAUCUACCCAUCAUGAAGAGCCAGCUCCGAAAUCAGAACACCACGCCAAUAAACGGUCAGAUGAAUCAGUAGAAGCUAAGUCUGCUUCUCAUCAUGAAGAAUCUGAACACGAUGCUGAAGCCGCCAAACCCGAACCAGCACAUCACGCUGAAGAGAUGGCCGAACACGACGCCGAAGCCGCCAAACCCGAACCAGUACAUCACGCUGAAGAGAUGGCCGAACGUGAACACGACGCCGAAGCUGCCAAACCCGAACCAGCACAUCACGCUGAAGAGAUGACCGAACAUGACGCCGAAGCCGCCAAACCCGAACCAGCACAUCACGCUGAAGAGAUGGCUGAUCCUGAACCAGAGCAUGGUUCUAUGAAACAUUAAAUAGUUAUAUUUUUCACCUGGUAUUUAUUGGCAGGUUUAAGCCAGGCUAAAGCCACUUGUUGGAAAUUAAGGCUGUGUAAAUUUGUCUUUAGGGAAACAUUCCUUUAUAAACUCCCAUUGGUUGACUUAAAUUCUUUCUAGAAGAUGAGCCCUUUACUUCUUUCCUUUGUCCAGUGUUUGAAAGCUUCUUUUUCUCUAGUGCCAUAGUGAAAAUUGUAACUAUUGCAUGAUGAAAAAAAAAUUUACUCUGUGUCAUACAAA